UUCAUCAGCAGCAACAGUGAGUCAGCCACCUCGGUAGCUUGCUAGACAAACUAGCCGAACCAAUAAAGCUCUUUAGACGCUUUCGUGUAUAUGAGCCACUGUGUUUUAAACCCAUUUCUGUCGUCUAGUUAGUUAUCCGAUGUAAUUUCAUAUUUACGGCGUUGUUGUUAUUAUUCAGCUAGCGGGGUGGUUAAGUUAGCAUUAGCCUAGCUAACAUCCCCGACCAUGCGGUCACUAAGCUACUCUCCUUCUAAUGAAGAGAAGGAUAUCACAGUAAAACAAGAAGUAGAGAGUGGGGCCUUUGCUGUGAAAGAAGAGGAUGACGCGUUCAGGGUGAAAGAGGAGGAGGAUGUUACAGUGAAAGGAGAGGAUGUAGUUUAUGGCGUGAAAGAGGAGGGGGAGGAGAUGACUGUUACGUCGAAAAAGGAGGAGGGAGAAGAGGAGGAACCUGGAUAUCUGGGCCCGUUUUCCCAAACGCAUCUUGAGGCAUCCAAUGGUUCUAACGAAGAAUUUAGCCAUAAGAUGGUUUUGAGAAACCAUUCCCUGAUUAACACUGGAGAGAGACGUGACUAUCGUGGAUCCUCUGCUGAGCCUCAACAACCUCAUGAUGCUGAGGAGACAGAGAAGAGUCUCUCCAGGUCAGAACACCUCAAUAAACACCCGCAGAGACCCACAGGGAAGAGAACCUACUGCUGCUCUGACUGUGGGAAGAGAUUCACAUCAUCAGGCAUUAAAAUUCAUCAGAGAACACACACAGGAGAGAAACGUUAUAGCUGUGAUCAAUGUGGUAGGAGUUUUAGUCGAUCUGGAGAUCUGACAGUGCACAAGAGAAUACACACAGGAGAGAAACCUUAUAGCUGUGAUCAAUGUGGGAAGAGAUUUGCUACACCUGGCCACCUGACUCUACACCAGAGAACACACACAGGAGAGAAUCCGUAUAGCUGUGAUCAAUGUGGGAAGAGAUUUGCAACAUCUGGCCACCUGACUCUACACCAGAGAACACACACAGGAGAGAAACCUUAUAGCUGUGGUCAAUGUGGGAGGAGUUUUAGCCGAUCUGGAGAUCUGACAGUGCACAAGAGAAUACACACAGGAGAGAAACCUUAUAGCUGUGAUCAGUGUGGGAAGAGAUUUACUCAGUCACACAGCCUGAUACACCACCAGAGAAUACACACAGGAGAGAAACCUUAUAGCUGUGAUCAAUGUGGGAAGAGAUUUGUGACACCUGGCCACCUGACUCUACACCAGAGAACACACACAGGAGAGAAACCUUAUAGCUGUGGUCAAUGUGGGAGGAGUUUUAGUCGAUCUGGUUAUCUGACAGUGCACAAGAGAAUACACACAGGAGAGAAACCUUAUAGCUGUGAUCAAUGUGGGAAGAGAUUUGCUACACCUGGCCACCUGACUCUACACCAGAGAACACACACAGGAGAGAAACCUUAUAGCUGUGGUCAAUGUGGGAGGAGUUUUAGUCAAUCUGGAGAUCUGACAGUGCACAAGAGAAUACACACAGGAGAGAAACCUUUUUGCUGUGAUCAGUGUGGGAAGAGAUUUACUCAGUCACACAGCCUGAUACACCACCAGAGAACACACACAGGAGAGAAAUCUUAUUGCUGUGAUCAAUGUGGGAAGAGUUUUGUUCAAGCUUGCCAUCUGACUCGACACCAGAGAACCCACAAGAUUGAAAUCUCAUAGCUGUGACCAGAGAUAAUCUGAUAAAAGAUCUCUGAUCAAAUAUUAAAAAAUACAUACAUGAAGGAGUUGUUUCAUGAUUUCAAUGAAUUAAUGUCACAAUGUAGAAUUUUUUAACAUUGUAGUAGGAGUAUUGUAAUGAUUUCACAAUGUAGAAGCCUAAACGUGUGCCCACUUAUGAAUUGAUAUCAACAUGUUAUGGAUAUUAGACUCAUGGGGAAAAAUCCAGGCUCUGAAAUGGAAGAGUACUAUUUAUGUGAUCUAACAAAAAUUGACAAACAAAAAAAGACUGGUUCAUAUCAAAUGUAUUUAUAAAGCCCUUCUUUUAUCAGCUGAUAUCUCAAAAUGCUGUACAGAAACCCAGCCUAAAACCCCAAACAACAAGCAAUGCAGGUGUAGAAGCACGGUGUAUAGGAAAAACUCCCUAGAAAGGCCAAAACCUAGGAAGAAACCUAGAGAAGAACAAGGCUAUGAGGGGUGGCCAGCCUUUUUCUGGCUGUGCCGGGUGGAGAUUAUAACAGAACAUGGCCAAGAUGUUCAUAAAUGACCAGCAUGGUCAAAUAAUAAUAAUCACAGUAGUUGUCGAGGGUGCCUCAGGUCAAUACCUCAGGAGUAAAUGUCAGUUGGCUUUUCAUAGCCGACCAUUAAGAGUAUCGCUUCCAUUCCUGCUGUCUCUAGCGAGUUGAAAACAGCAGGUUUGGGACAGGUAGCACAUCCGGUAAACAGGUCAAGGUUCCAUAGCCGCAGGCAGAACAGUUGAAACUGGAGCAGCAACACGGCCAGGUGGACUGAGGACAGCAAGGAGUCAUCGUGCCAGGUAGUCCUGAGGCCUGGUCCUAGGGCUCAGGUCCUCCAAGAGUGAGAAAGAAAGAAUUAGAGAGAGCAUACUUAAAUUCACACAGGACACCGGAUAAGACAGGAGAAGUACUCCAGAUAUAUCAAACUGACCCUAGCCCCCUGACACACAAACUACUGCAGCAUAAAUACUGGAGGCUGAGACGGGAGGGGUCAUGAGACACUGUGGCCCCAUCCGAUGAUACCCCCGGACAGGGCCAAACAGGAAGGAUAUAACCCCACCCACUUUGCCAAAGCACAGCCCCCACACCACUAGAGGGAUAUCUUCAACCACCAACUUUUUAAGUUUGUGGGUUUUUCUUUUGUUUGCCUCUUCUUGGGCAGAUUUAGUGGGUCUCAUGGUGGGUGUCUUUUAGGUCCCAUUUGUUGUUACUAGUCAACUUUCAGUGGACACUUAGAGCAAAACUUCAACAUUAUGUUAUUGUACUUUUAUUGUAUCAAAUGGUUGUUUUAUGCAACAUAAUAGAGGGUUCUUGCAACUAUUGUGUCUGUUCUACUGAGGAUGGGCCUCUGGGAGAAAACACUGACAGGAGAUUUACAAUGUCUUUUGGGUGAUUAAAACCUAGAGACAGUAUUCCAGAUUAUGAGUGAAUGUUUCUGUUCUAUAUGUAACCAGGGAGAGAUGACCCCAGGGCCAGACCCUGGUUUCUACACAGAGUACUGUUUUUACAGCAGAUACUGUCUGCUGAGAAUUAUAAGUAUCUUUCAUACAAUUCUUAACCUUGUGACCCGUUCUAUACAUCUGUUGUUGGUCAUGUAGGUUGAAAGGGGUGUAUCUUAGCUAUAAAAGACCUUUGUACUUUUGUCUCGUGGCUCUCAACGAAUCAUCUGGGGGUGAUUUGUUGACCAGCCAAUAUUAUCGUAGAGCACUCAAUUGAUUCACUUUAUAUGUGUGUGCUGUAUUGACCUGCUCCCUUAUUAAUAAGUGAAUAAAGAUUUAGUUUAAGAAUAAA